AUGGGCCACCAGUCUUCUGACGUCCACAGGGCCCCCAGUCUUCUAACGUCCACAGGGCCCCCAGGCCCCCAGUCUUCUAACGUCCACAGGGCCCCCAGUCUUCUAACGUCCACGGAGCCGCCGGCUGGUCUGGCCCCCCAGUCUUCUAACGUCCAAGGGGCCCCCAGUCUUCUAACGUCCUCUGGGCCCCCAGGCCCCCAGUCUUCUAACGUCCACAGGGCCCCCAGUCUUCUAACUUCCACGGAGCCGCCGGCUGGUCUGGGCCCCCAGUCUUCUAACGUCCACAGGACCCCCAGUCUUCUAACGUCCUGGCCGACGGCUGGUCUGGGCCCCCAGUCUUCUAACGUCCACAGGGCCCCCAGUCUUCUAAGGUCCACGGGCCCCCAGUUUUCUAACGUCCACAGGACCCCCAGUCUUCUAACGUUCACAGGGCCGCCGGCUGGUCUGGGCCCCCAGUCUUCUAACGUCCACAGGGCCCCCAGUCUUCUAACGUUCACAGGGCCCCCAGUCUUCUAA